AGUAUGUGCUGCCCUCAGCCAACAUGGGUCUGCCCAGCCACCUCAUCCAGUGCCACUGCCCACAGCCUGCCUACACCACUCACACAGCCCCCGUGGUCAAGAUGCUUAUUGAGCAGGAUGGGCGGAGAAAGGCUACGUCCAACCACCCAGCAGAGAUGGAGCCAAACAGAGAGCCUCAAGAAGAUGAUUUUGAGGAGGAAACCCAAGGGCUGUCAAAGCUGAGCGGGGGUAGCAGCACCCCUGGGACUGGGAAGGACUCU